ACGAAAGAAAUGUCAAAAUAGUGUUAUUUUCCGCACCAGUCCGCAGAUUUUCUCGCCGCAACAUAAACAUUCAGUGAAUUUUCGACGAAAAUCAGUUGAAAAUUGCAUUUUCUGUAGUUUAACAACAUAUUAACUGUGUUUUCCUGUUGAGCAGAGUUGCAAACUGUAGAAAUAUUCUUUUAACAGAGUGGUUCAAUCAUAAAAACUUCGAAACAUAUCGUGAAGCUUUGUUUGGACUGGUGCACAUAUAAACAACAAUGGCCGAGAUUUCGGAUUCACAAGAGCCGCAGCGAACUUCUCCGGUAAUGCAAGACAACGCAAGCGGAUCGGUGAGUAAUUCGACUUCCGGCGGCAGUUCGGAAAAGCAGUCGGGCUUCCUUUGUGGUGUGGUCGAGGGUUUCUACGGUCGCCCGUGGACAACCGAACAGCGGAAGGAUCUGUUCCGGAAGCUGAAGCAGUGGGGCAUGGACUCGUAUAUUUACGCCCCGAAGGAUGACUACAAACACCGGGCUUACUGGAGGGAAUUGUACACCGUUGAGGAAGCUGACCAUCUUACGGGCCUGAUCACGGCUGCCCACGAACAGAACAUCAAUUUCUACUACGCUCUCUCGCCGGGACUGGACAUUACGUACAGUAGCAGUAAGGAGAUUGGCAUUCUCAAGCGAAAGCUGGAUCAAGUUUCUCAAUUCGGAUGUAAAGCUUUUGCUCUGCUGUUCGACGAUAUCGAGCCAGAGAUGAGCAAAUCCGAUAAGGAAGUGUUCCAGAGUUUCGCCUACGCUCAAGUUUCGGUCACCAAUGAAAUCUACAAUCACCUGAACUGUCCACGGUUCCUGUUCUGUCCCACUCAGUACUGCAGCUCCCGAGCUGUUCCGACCGUUAAGCAAUCCGAAUAUCUCAACACGUUGGGAUCCAAGCUCAUCCAGAGCAUCGACAUCAUGUGGACCGGCCCAAAGGUCAUUUCCAAACUGCUCACCGUCGAAUGCAUCCAGGAGAUUACCGAGGUCAUCAAACGGCCUCCCGUCAUCUGGGACAAUCUGCACGCAAACGACUACGACCAGAAACGUGUCUUCCUGGGUCCAUACUCGGGACGGUCCCCCGAGCUGAUUCCACUGCUCCGCGGUGUCGUAACGAACCCAAACUGUGAAUUCCACGCCAAUGCCAUCGCCAUCCAGACGCUUGCCUUCUGGAGCAAGUGCAGUGCGGACACCAAAAUUAGUUCGUCCAUUUCGUCGGACAUUAAGUUGGAAACGGAAAAUGAGGAUGGAAUCUGCCAAGAGGAUGCGCCGGCUUUCCUCUCGAAGAAUGUAUACCACCCACGGCUGGCACUGAAGAACGCCAUUGCCAAUUGGUUGCCGGAGUUUUACCAGGAGAAGGAGGCCUGGGGACCGAUCAGCAAGCCCCAGCCGGCGCUCACAAUGGUAAUGCCGAUCAUUCCGAUUAUUCCCUCUGUUAACACCUGCAUGACCCUAACGUCGACCAACACAACAACCACAACCAGUGCAAAUACCAUGGCGGUGCCGGAAGUAAACACGACUCAGCUGCAGUUGUUCGCCGACGUUUGCAGUACGGUGACCAGUGCUCCAGAGAACGUACCGGCACCUAUUAUGAACUCCCUGGUAUCCGCCACCAAGGUCAUUACCAACGAUUCUUUGCCAAAUCCGAUGGCAGCCGCAGUGACCAACAUGUCUAUACCGACGACAAUUCCGAUCUCGAGCAUUCCGGUGCCAAUCAUGAGUAUCAAGGCUGUCGAAGGAGUGGAAAAUGAUGUCGCCACGCAAGGCCUGAUAGACAAAUCUAAAUCUGAAAGCAGCGAAGAUUCAACAGACAUUAAGGGAAAGCCAUUGGAAGAAGAUGCCAUUAUUGAAAACGACUUAGAGCAGAAAAAGUUGGAUGAAUCGAGUGAGAAGCGCAAAUCUUCUUCUUCGGAAAUUCCUCUAGUUGAGGACGAGGAAUUCAAAUCGAAAGAGGAAAUCGAUGGUGAAGAGAAGGAAGACUCGGAAGUGAAAAUGCUGGAUUUGGAAGAGAAUGAGGUGAAAAUGGUCGAUGCGAGCGAAAUGACCGACGGUGACGAAGUGGUGGUGAACCGCGUUAGGAUCAACGUCGAAGACGAAGACGCUAAGGUUGACGAGGUUUUCAGUAGCGCAAACCCUUCAGGCGGGACCUGUGCAGAACCGAUGGAAUGCGGCAGCAAUCUGACUUCGCCGAAACACGUGAUGAAGACGCAUUUCGAUGAUGUAAUGAUGUCGGAAACCACAUCGACUUGUUCAGGAAGUAUGCAGAUAGAAAGUUCGGAUACUUCAUUAACUUCUAACGCAGAGAUGAUUGAAGUCAAAUGCCCCAGUGACAAGGACAUCACCGCCACCGAUAUUAUGCUACUCUGUGAUCUAUUCUAUCUACCGUUCGAACACGGUAGCAAGGCCCUCCAGCUGCUCACGGAAUUCUACUGGCUGAAAACCAAUGCCGUCGUUUUGUGCAAACAGCGUAACCGUAAAACAAGUUCUAGUUCUAAUCAAUCCAGCUGCACAAACUCCGAGGACUGCAGCCAUCUGAAUGGUACCGUGGCAGGGGCUGUCAUCACUGCAUCGACUCACUCCAGUGAACUCAAGGAUGGAUGCAACAAAAGUGAGGUCCAAGAGUGGAUCCGGCGAGCUGAGUCGUUUGAAAACGUCUGUCAGAACAUCUUUCGCCUGGCGCGAAAAAUUGCCCGCUGUGCCAAUAAGGAACUUUGCUACGAUCUGUUUUCGUAUGUUUGGGAUGUCGUGGCAGUGCUUUCGCUGUUGAGCGCCUACGUAAAGUGGCUUGCAUUGGGCCAUUUCCCACCAAAUAUCAACUCGCAUACCCAAGGAGGAUACACCUGGUUCAGCAAAGGAUGGAAAGAAACGUUCAUGUCAGGUGACCAGGAGCCAUGGGUGUUUCGUGGUGGACUGGUGGCAGACUUGCAGCGUCUCAUCCCAUUGGAUGCCGCCAACGAUCUCUUCCUGUACAAACUUCCCGAAACGUCCGCCGUGAACCUGUAUACUUUCCGGCCCUAUUGCUUCGCAGACGAAGCCAAUUUGUACAGCGUGUGCUACCGAACACUGCAUGAUGGAGACGAAUUCAUCGAACGUUGCCCGGAAAACCUACGAAGUGUUUUGGCCGACCGCUAUCUGGGGCCAUUCCUUACGCUAACACCGCAGUUUUGUAUGGUAAUAGAAGACAACCAUUCGGAGGUCGUUGGCUAUGCAUGUGCGGCACUGGAUGUGAAAAACUUCAUUCGAAACCUUGAACAAUGUUGGAUACCGGAAAUGUGUCUGAAGUACCCAUUAGCUAUCUUGGGUCAGUCACCCUCCGAAGGAAACGAAUCCCCGAAAGACACGGCCAAUGCGUUGCCACAAAUGAUUCGUGACUGUAUUACAUAUUUCCAUAACUUCAGCGAAGAUUAUCCUACCUGUGUUAUGAAUUCGCAUCCUUCGUUGCUUAGCUGUCGCAUUCUGAAGCCGCACAUAAUCGAAGACGAAACCAUGUGCAAACGUGUCAUCACUCUUUUGCUGGCAGCGCUUCGAACGCAUGGAACUUCUUUUGGAACACAUGUUUGCGUCAACAAGACGGAUCGCUUCCUGUAUCAGUUCUACGCCAAGCUCGGAUUUGUCGAAAUUUACCGCGACGAGUACGACCCGGUUCUCUACAUGGGACGAAGCUUCUGAUAGACGAAUCUCUCGUUGAUCUACUGCUUAUUUGGUAAGUACAGGACAAGCUUUUACUCACCUUUCUUUUCGAGCCAACGCACCUGGAUAGUGGUACGACUGGAAACGUAGAUAUAGUAGGUAUGAAAUGCUUAUAACUGAUUUUCGUAUUCUAUCUUCACAAUAAUACAUAGAAAACAAAAUCUUGUCGAUUUAACGAUGCCGAUCGAAACGGAGCGUAUAUGAUAUAGCAAGGCUUUGCGAUUGAUAACGUAAUAAACCGAGCUGAAUGUUUAGUUAUUUAUCAAAAAUUAA